UCUUCAUGCAUGCAUGCACAUGACAAGGGUUUUCCCAGCACCCCGUUUGCUACAAGCGCCCAAUGGAUGGCACCAACACGUCAACCCUUCUCGCCAUCUCGUGCAGCAGAACAUCGUUAACAUUACUGUCAAUAACUUAACAAUUCCCUUCCCCAUUCUGUGUCAUUCAACACAAGAUGCUCACUCUUCUGGCAUUUUUUCUGGCGACUCACCCUUUUCUCACUCCUUCUCACUCUUGAUGUUCAAUCUCAUCUUCAUCACCUCCAUCACCCGCAUUGUUCGCAUCCUUCUUAAGCCCCUCAGACAACCUUUAAUCAUCUCUCAGAUAAUAGGUGGUGUGAUUGUUGGACCUUCCUUUCUGGGGCGCUGUAGAUGGUUCCAGCAUCACAUGUCAAACGCGUCAAGCACAUUCCUGGUGAACAAUCUUGGAGUAAUGGGAUUCAUGUUCUUUCUUUUCACUUACGGUGUGAAGAUGGAUCCAGGCCUUUUGAGAAAAUCAGGGAAAUUGCAUGUAUCUACUGCAUUGAUUGGCAUAACAAUUCCCACAUUCACAGUGUUUGCUGUGUCACUAUGCUUGAGAAAAAACAUGGACAAAGAACUAGCCAAGAUUCCUUCAUUAGGAGUAAUAUCAGGGUACUUGGGUGUGACAGCAUUCCCUGUGCUCUACCACAUCCUCAAAGAGUUUAACCUUCUAAAUUCAGACGUGGGGAGAGUUUCACUGGCCACAGCAUUAAUUGGUGAUACAUUUGGUUUAAUUUUCAUCAUGGCAUUUGAGGCAGCAAGUCAAGGAGAAGUAAAAAUAAUGAAUACCGUGUGGUACGUGAUUUCUCUUGCGGUUGUGGUGUCAUUCCUUGUGUUUUGUGUUAGGCCUGCGAUGGCAUGGAUCAACGACAACACUCCAGAAGGGCACCCUGUGCAUGAGUCCUUUGUGUUGGCCAUUAUUCUAGGCUCUUUUGUGAUGGGCUUCAUAACUGACAUGUUUGGCAUAGCAAUUGCUAAUGGGUCCUUGUUCUUGGGCCUCACUAUUCCUAAUGGGCCUCGUGUGGGAGCAACAAUUGUAGAGAAGACCACAACAAUCACGAAUGAGCUCCUCUUGCCAUUCUCUUUCCUUUUGGUGGGAUCACAAACUGAUUUCUAUGCCAUGAGUGCUUCUGAUUGGACCAGAUUGUCACCGUUGUUUGUCAUGGUUAUAACUGGCUACUUCACCAAAUUCUUUUCCGUUUGGAUUACUCUGUACUUUUGGAGAGUGCCAUUCAGAGAUGGACUAACCCUCAGCCUCAUUAUGAGCUUAAGAGGCCAAAUUGAACUUUUAUUGUUUGUGCAUUGGAUGGACAAAAGUAUCUUAAAUGUGCCAGGCUUCACAUUGUUGGUUCUUAUGACAAUCAUAGUGACAGCAAUUUUCACUCCUUUGAUCUCCAUAUUAUAUGAUCCAUCAAAGCCAUACAUGGUGAACCAAAGGAGGGACAUUCAACACAACCCUCCAGACGAAGAACUUAGGAUAGUGUUAUGCAUUCUCGACACUGAAAACAUAAAUGGUCUCAUUCAUCUACUUGACAUCUCCAAUCCAACCUCAAGCAACCCCUUCUCAAUUUAUGUUGUUAGACUAACAGAGCUCAUAGGUCGUGCCAACCCUUUGUUCUUGGACAAUGAAAAGCAACAAGUUCCUCCCAUGUAUCAAUGGACAAACACAAUAAACAUCCUCAAAACACAUCAACAACUUAAGGGAACGUUUAUGAAGCUCCAUUUCUUCACAUCUGUGGCACCAAAGCAGUCAAUGUUCCGAGACAUAUGCGAGCUUGCCCUAGAACAAGAGACUUCAUUAAUCAUCUUACCUUUCGACAGUGUUGAUGUUCGCAACCAUGCAGUGAAAACAGUGAACUCACAAGUGUUGAAUAAUGCACCUUGCUCAGUUGCAAUUUUUGUUGACAAGGGUCUUUUUCAAAUGAGCAACACGGGAAGUUCCUUUCGUCGAACUAGGCAUCGAUUUGGUUUGUUGUUUCUCGGGGGUGGAGAUGCAAGAGAGGCCCUUGUUUUUGCAGAUAGGAUGGUUGCAAACGAAGACGUGUUCCUCACAGUUAUAAGGUUUCUCUCUCACAACUUCAUAGGGUACAAUGAGUUGGAGAAGAAGCUUGAUGAUGGAACUGUGACAUGGUUUUGGGUCAAGAAUGAGACGAAUCAAAGAGUGGCGUACAGAGAGGUGGUGGUUAGAAACGGAGAAGAAACUAUUGCAGCAAUUCAGGCGAUGAAUGAUGGUGCUUUUGAUCUUUUGAUAGUGGGAAGGAAACAAGGGAUAAACCCUGUUAUUCUCACAGGGUUAUCGGAAUGGAGUGAAAGUGAUGAGUUAGGAAUCAUAGGAGACUAUGUUUCCUCUGAAGAUUUUUUCGGCUCAGCUUCUGUUUUAGUUGUACAACAACAAAUCCUAAGAGGCUGAAAUUGGGAUCUGACACUGCAUGCAUGCAUGCAUGGUGGUGAUCUUAAAGGCUAUAUCAUAGGAAUUUGUUGGCUAAGAGUUGAGACAUUAAUAUUGUUUAACCACACUUUCAGUUCAGGUAACCAAUAGAUAGACAAAUUAACUUCAUUUGUGAAUAUUUAAGAACUAGUAUUUAGAUGAAGACAGAGUGUAGUGUUCUUUAGAAAACAAUAGAUAAUGUAGUAGGUUUCUGUGUAGCUAACUUAUGCAUCUCUAGCUUCAUAAU